UGAUUUCUUAUAUCAAAGAACUACAAUUGAUAUAACAAUGUUCUGCACAGUCAGAGAAUAAAGUGAAAAAUGAAAUACAACUUACAAGCCAUUUAUCUCGUGCAUAGAGGACCGUGUUUAACAUAUUUUCAUACAAUAGAAAAUAUCCCAUCCACUCUGAAAUUAUAAUAUCUACUUUAGCAACUGGUAGCUCAAUUUCUUCAAUCUUUCCCUUCAAAACCGUUACAACUGUAACAAUAUUUUAUUUAAGAAAAAAAGGGCAGAGUCACUGACUACUUUGAAGGAAUAUAGAAAGACAGUAGAAUUAGAAGGUAUCCAGGUUUUUGAAGCAAUGACUGAUCGGGAUUUAGUUUCAUGGAAUGCCCUUUUAUCUGGUUUCCAUGACUUUGAAACUGGUGAUCAAGGGCUGAGAAUUUUUGACCAGAUUCUUGUGGAAGGUUUCAAGCCCAACAUGUACACGUUUGUUAGCGUUUUAAGGUCUUGCGCUAGCCUUUUGGAUGUGUGCUUUGGAAAGCAAGUGCAUACACAUAUCAUAAAGAACAGCCUUGAUGGUAAUGAUUUUGUUGGAACCGCUCUUAUUGACAUGUAUGCAAAAAGCAGAUGCUUAGAAGGUGCAGAUGUAGCUUUCAAUAGAUUAACAAACAAGGACCUCUUCACCUGGACAGUCAUUAUUGCUGGUUUUGCACAAAAUGGUCAAGAAGAAAAGGCUGUUAAGUGCUUAGUUCAGAUGCUAAGAGAGGAUAUAAAGCCAAAUGAAUUCACUCUUGCCAGCUGUUUAAGUGGAUGUUCCCGGGUGGCAGCCUUGGGUAAUGGACAGCAGCUCCAUUCUGUGGCAAUAAAGUCUGGUCAUUUUGGUGAUGUUUUCGUUGCUAGUGCACUUGUUGAUAUGUAUGGGAAAUGUGGGUGCAUAGAAGAUGCUGAGGCCAUUUUUAAGGGUUUGUUUUCACGGGACACAGUCUCAUGGAAUACAAUCAUAUCUGGAUACUCGCAACACGGGCAAGGGGAAAAGGCUCUUGAGGCCUUUAGGAUGAUGUUAGAUGAAGGCAUUGUACCUGAUGAGAUCACCUACCUAGGUAUUCUUGCUGCAUGUAGCUACAUGGGUUUGGUCGAGGAGGGGAAAAAGCUUUUUAACCUGAUGUGCAAAGAUUAUGGGAUUACUCCUUCAAUUGAGCACCAUGCUUGUAUGGUGGAUAUUCUUGGUCGAGCUGGAAAAUUCAGCGAGGUUGAUGUUUAUAUAGAGGAAAUGAAGCUAAGCCAAUAUUCUUUGGUCUGGGAGACUGUUCUCGGAUCAUGUAAAUUGCAUGGCAAUGUUGAAGUUGGUAAACGAGCUGCUGAGAGACUCUUUGAACUUGAACCCAAGAUGGCUUCCAGUUAUAUAUUGCUAUCGAACAUUUUUGCAGCGAAAGGUAUGUGGGACGAUGUCAGAAGUACUCGGGCUUUGAUGUCUACUCAAGGUGUUAAGAAAGAGCCUGGAUGCAGUUGGGUGGAGGUUGAUGGUCAAGUCCAUGUCUUCACAUCUCAAGAUGGUUCCCAUCCGAAAACAAGGGAAAUUUAUGCUAAAUUGGAGGAGUUGGGACAAAAAUUGGCUUCAAGGGGUUAUAUACCAAAGACAGAAAAUGUGCUGCAUAAUGUCAGUAACAAAGAAAAGGUGGAAAAUCUCUACUAUCAUAGUGAAAGAUUGGCUCUUGCUUUUGCCUUUAUAAGCACCAAUCCAGUUAAACCAAUCCGAAUUUUCAAAAAUCUUCGUAUCUGUGGAGAUUGCCAUGAUUUUAUGAAACAUGUCACAGACAUCACAAAUAGUGAAAUAUUUGUUCGUGACAUCAAGCGUUUCCACCAUUUCAGGAGAGGCAUUUGCUCUUGCCAGGAUAAUUGGUAAUUUUGCUAUAGAGGGAUGUAGUGAGAUGGACAGAAGGUUCACCUCAUCCGAUCUGGCUCUUCCAAGUCC